AUGCUCACAAGACUACUUAUAAAGCUUGUAUUUUCUUCAUUGGUAAAAGCUAUUGUAUCUGUAUCGUCGGAGGAUGGAGAUGAAGAUGAAUUACUACCAGUUCCAGAUCUACCAAAUAAAGGUGACCCACUUGUAGGAGACCCGGAUGUUGAUCUCAGCCCCGUUACAGAAGAGAUGUUUUCAUCAUGGGCAUUAUUCAUUAUGUUAUCCUUGUUGAUCUUUGCGUUAUGGUCUAGUUAUUACUUAACACAAAAGAAAAUCAGAGCUGUUCAUGAGACCGUUCUUUCUAUCUUUUACGGUAUGGUCGUAGGAUUGAUUCUGAGAAUGACACCUGGUCACUAUAUUCAAAGUUCUGUCACAUUCAAUUCAUCAUAUUUUUUUAAUAUUUUAUUACCACCUAUCAUUCUAAAUUCAGGAUAUGAACUGAAUCAAGUGAAUUUUUUCAAUAAUAUGUUAUCAAUUUUAACUUUCGCAAUACCCGGUACAUUUAUAUCGGCUUGUGUUUUAGGUAUAAUCCUUUUUAUUUGGACAUCAUUAGGUCUAGAGAGUGUGGAUAUAUCAUUUGUUGAUGCAAUGUCUGUAGGUGCGACAUUAUCUGCUACUGACCCUGUUACGAUUUUAUCUAUUUUCAAUGCUUAUAAAGUGGAUCCAAAGUUAUAUACCAUUAUUUUCGGUGAAUCAUUGUUAAACGAUGCUAUUUCUAUUGUUAUGUUUGAAACUUGCCAGAAAUUUCGUGGUCAACCAGCUACUAUUAGUUCGAUAUUUGAAGGUAUUGGUUUAUUUCUAAUGACAUUUUCUAUUUCCUUAGUAAUUGGGGUAUUUAUUGGUAUAUUAGUCGCAUUACUUUUGAAACAUACACAUAUAAGAAGAUUCCCUCAAAUUGAAAGUUGUAUUAUAUUAUUAAUUGCAUACCAAUCAUAUUUCUUUUCUAAUGGUUGUCACAUGUCUGGUAUCGUUUCCUUAUUAUUCUGCGGAAUCACCUUGAAGCACUAUGCUUAUUAUAACAUGUCUAGAAGAACCCAAUUGACUAUAAAAUAUAUAUUCCAAUUGCUGGCUCGACUUUCAGAAAAUUUCAUUUUCAUUUACUUGGGUCUAGAAUUAUUUACUGAAGUUGAACUAGUUUAUAAACCAAUGUUGAUUAUUAUUACAGCGAUCUCAAUCUGUAUUGCUCGUUGGUGCGCUGUAUUCCCUCUUUCUCGUUUUGUUAAUUGGUUAUACAGGGUCAAAGCCCAGAGGGCCUCUAACAUCACUCUAGGAAGCAAUGUCGUGAUUUCUGACGAAAUUCCAUAUAAUUAUCAAGUAAUGACAUUCUGGGCUGGUCUAAGAGGUGCUGUUGGUGUGGCAUUAGCACUGGGUAUUCAAGGUGAAUUCAAAUUUACAUUGUUGGCUACUGUUCUAGUCGUAGUCGUACUUACAGUUAUCAUAUUCGGUGGUACAACUGCAGGUAUGCUAGAGGUGUUAAAUAUCAAAACGGGUUGUGUUGAUGAAAAUGAUGAUAGUGAUGAUGAGUUUGAUAUUGAGGCUAUUACGAGUGGUAACGGAUAUACGAGGGAACUAGGACAAUAUGAUACUCCAACCAUUAGACAACCUUAUUCUGAUAAUAAUACAAGGGACUUUACUGCCGAAGAUGCCAUGUUACAAGAUGCUAAUAAUUUUGUGAAUGAAGCCAAUAGUGCUAUUUCAUUAGAUACAUCACCUAUUCCAGCAAUGGCAAACGAUAAUGCCGCAACUGACAAUGUCAGAAGUAGUGGUGCGGCAGAUUCUGCAGAAGGUAGAAACAUGAAGGAAUCUUUAGGGACCAUUUUCAGAUCAGACUCUCAAUGGUUUCAGAACUUUGACGAUAAUGUCUUGAAGCCUGUUUUUCUAGAUAGUAACCCACAGAAUUUCAAUAAUGGCAGUGAAGCCCAUGGCCUACAAAGCCCGAAGGGAUUUGAUUCAAGAUAA